AAACACGUACAUAGACCUAUCUGCUGGUCGAUCGCUGGUGUGGUGGGUCUCUCCUUCCCUGGAGGGUUCCUGGUCGGUCUGACAACUCGGAAAUGAAGCAACUCGCUUGACAGAGGCAGGGAACUUGUUUUACUGCAUAAAUCAUUCAUUAGUGUCUGUUACCGUUCUGCAGAGUCUGUGCUCCUUAUCCAUGAUACACUAUUGGGCUUAAACGUACGGCCCUGACUUGUUAGGCCACAGCAUAAUCUCAUCCAUAACAAUAGAAGCCCUGACAUUGACUCGUGAUUGAGAACCUUCAACUAUAUAGCUGUUUCAAGAAAAGCUUAAAGAUCAUUUCGCACAAUGCCGUCGGUGACGAUCGUGUCCUCCAAUUUGCUUUUGGAUAAAGAAUUGCGUAAGAAGUUUGGCGGCAAUUUGCCUUCGACGGCCUCGGAGGUCAAGACCGUGGUGCAAGAGGCUCUGACUAAUCCGGAAAGUCACCAUUGGCACCGUUCCAACGAUGGCACCCACAUCAAGCUCGAUCCCAAGGCCACAUUUGCCAAUGGAUCAGGCAGCUUGGCCUCCGAGGACGUGGAGGUCAAGGUCAAGUUCUUUCCCGUCUCGUUCGAGGCCAAUGCGGCCCAAACGGCCAUUGAGGCUGUCUUUGAGAACAUCAAGCCUUUCCAUAUCGACAGCCUGCAGAUAUCUGUACCCAUUGAGGCCUUGGACGCCUUGAGUAUCGGUCCACAACCCAAAGAUAAGGAUGCCGACUACGAGGCCUGUUUGAAUCAGUUUGUGGAGCUUUGGCAAGGCUUAGAAUCCCACUUGGAUCAGAAAAAGGUCAAGAAGCUGGGUAUUUGUGAUAUCGAGACGGCAACUUUGGAGGAUUUGUACGGCAAGGUCAUCCGAAAGCCUUCCAGCAUCAAUAUCAAUCUCCAAUCUUGCUGUGUCGUACCACCUGAGUUGGUGACCUUUGCCAAAAACAACAAUAUUCAGGUCAACACCCACAGCGAUCCCGAUGUCCUGUUGAGCAACACGGAUCUGGCCGAAAUGAAAAACCACGAUUUGAACACCUUGAGCCUGGACUGGAUCAUCCGAUACCUUAUUUUGGACCAAAAGCGAGGCGUCUUAAAGGAACGACGGUUCAUCAUCGGAUUGAAGUCCGAAUAGAUCUUGGGGCUUGAGAGUGAACAAGGUUUUGAUGGGACUCACUAAUAUUUGCUCUCGUCUCAUCUUCGGCAUUUUGAUCUGAUUUCUUUGUAUUCGUACAACUGAAUCAUUUCGACAAAUUGUGUAACAAAAUUCAUUUAGAAAUAAUGACCAUGUUGUCGAAUUUGA